AUGUCAAGCUCAAACCAAUCAAUGGGAUUCGAACCAUGGCUAAAAGAGAAUCAAACAAUUAGGUACGCAGCGGCGUUCAUAACGUUGCUUAUUAUGUGUAUCGGAAUCGUAGGUAAUAGUUUGACUAUAUUAGUAAUACUAAAAAGUCCACGGAUUCGAAAUGUAGCUUCUGCAUUUAUUAUCAGUCUAGGUGCAGCUGAUUUGUUAUUCUGCAUAGCCGUAUUGCCAUUCAAUGCUUCAAGAUUCUUAAAUAUUAAUUGGGUACAAUACCCAAUACUAUGUUCAAUGGUACCAUUUUUCCAGUACGGAAAUAUCGGUAUAUCACUGCUAUUUAUUACUAUGAUAACCAUAAAUAGGUAUAUAAUGAUCGUUCAUUCAAGCUUGUAUAGUAUAGUAUAUCGUCCAAUAUGGAUAACUUCCAUGAUAAUACUUUGUCUAAUUAUUUCGUUUGGCAUGCUGGUACCUACCCUUUUAGGUAAAUGGGGUAAAUUUGAAAAUGAUCCAAAGUUGGGUUCAUGUUCAAUAAUAUCAGAUGAAUCUGGUCGAUCUUCGAAAUUUGCCCUUUUCAUCACUGGGUUCAUCAUACCGUGUAUUGUAAUUGUUUGCUGUUAUACUAGUAUAUUUUGGGUUGUCCGUAAGUCAGAACAACGAAUGCGAAGACAUCAAUUAUCUACCCAAAGUGAUCCAACAGUAACAAAUAUGCAGUCUAUAAAAAGAAAACUUAGUGAAUGGAGGAUAACUAAAAUGGUGUUGGCUAUAUUUUUAUCAUUUGUACUUUGCUAUUUACCAAUUACAAUCACAAAAACCUCAGAUCCAGAUGUUCAAUACCCAGCUCUUCUCUUGAUUGCAUAUAUUAUGGUUUACGCGUCAGCAUGCGUCAAUCCAAUCAUAUACGUCAUAAUGAAUAAACAGUACAGAAAAGCAUUUGAAUCAGUUCUAAGUGUUGGAUGUUGUGAAAAAGCUACAAAACGAGUACCUGUUUUGAGAUCCAUAUCGAAACGUCUACAGCCACACGGAAAAAAUCAAGAAGACCGUGGAUUUGGGACAACUGUAUCACAUGUGUCAUCAAUUGCUCUGGAAUCGUUGGAUUACAAUAACAGGGUUUCGAGUAUAGCUUAA